GGAAAACGCCGGAAAAUGCACGUAAACAAACACCUGUGGAAAUAAUGGCCUACAGCGAGCGGCUGCAAUCGCAGAACCUCGUUCACCUGCUCCAGAACCGGGAAUCAGGCUUCCACGCCCCCGGUAUCUUUGCCAGCAGGAGCCCGCAGUUUGCUCACGAGCGACACUUCUACAAGUGCAUCACUCCUUGCCUGACUAUAGAUUCCAUUUCGAUUCCGCAAGUCUACCUGCGGAAGUUCACUCCAGAUGGAAGCAAGUUACUGGCUUUCUCUCAAGAUCAGCGCAGCCUGCAUAUUUACAAGUACAAGGGCUUCAGCUCGGCGGCCGUGGGCGAGCUGAUCCGUGAAGCGAAUGUGGGCACUGGAGAGUGCUUCAAGGGCCAGGAAAGCAGCUUACAAAACCAGAUCUUCGACCGCUUGUUUGCCACAAAGGAUGCUGCUGUCCUGCGCCUGUGUCAGGGCGACAGCGGACGUUAUUAUCUGCACCGGGAGUUCAGCGUUUUCCUGGAGAAUGGUCGCUACGUUCUGCUGGCUGCAAUGUCCGUCCUGAGAAACGCCCUGCCCACCAUGUCUUAUGUCCUCUACCCGGAUUUGUUUGACAAACUGGACGCCUACUCCUACGUGUUCUUCGUGGUAGACCUGGAAAAGGACUGUGUCACCCACAGGCUCUUCCUGUCGCAGGACUCCAUUGUGAUUGCCCAUAACCAUGGCAUCUCGGUGUUCGGCUCCACCAUUGCAAUUAUGUCGAGGCUGCAUCAGUGCAUCUAUGUUUACGAGUUGGUGGAGGGUCGGUUGGUUGAACAGGAGACGAUUGGUCCGCGGCCGCGAGACUUUAUCGAGAAUGCGUCCAUGGAUGUUGGCAAUCUGGACGCCACAACGGUUCUGCCCAUCACUCACAUCAAACAGAGGGUGCUGAGCUUCCUAUAUCGCCAAAUUAAUGUGGAGGCUCCAGGAGCGAAGCAGAAGCUGCAAGAUUUUUACAAGAACUUUGAAUUCGUGGAAUACAUGAUUAUGGAAAGGAUGCAAUUGGUGAACAAGGAACUCCUGCUGUUGCGCUACGAAGAACGGAACAGAACGGACAGUGAUGUUACGCCUCUGCUACCAUCACCUCGCCGAUUGUAUGUUUUUUACAAUAUAGCCAGCGAGGAAGUGGUGGGAGUGUAUCACGACGACUCCGUUGAUUUGCUCCAAAUCAUACUCCAGUUCUACGACCAGAUGAGCAAUGUGCGAUCCAUGCAAACCGGAGAUGCUCCCUCCCUGCCGCUGCAUUUUUUCCUCAAACAAAACUUUGCGGAUGCCAGCGAAUCGAUACCCUUUAUCCGUCAUGCGGCUUUACGCUUCAAUUCCAGUGUUCCCGUGAGCUCACAGAGUCUGUCCCCAUCGCCGUAUCUUCAGUUUAACGAAUUCAGCUACGAUGACCGCCACAUAUCGCCCUUUGAGCGACCAAAUCCCUGCUCCACAGAGCCCAUUGUUUUCAGAGAUCGCAUGACGAAGAGCGUCAAGUUCCGGCUUUACGCCAAGGCACGUCGGCCAGUUAGCUCCCUGUCGCCACGGGAGUUGUGCGCCUUCAUUUGGCAUCCUUUCGAGCCCUUUGUGCUCAGCAUUCAAAAGUGUAUGAACAGCUAUGCCUACCACGUCCAUUUGUAUAACCACAGCACGGUGGUGGAACAGACGAGUAACUAAAGUAAAUGUUUUGUGUGAUUUGUAAAUAAAUUCAGUAAAUAUAAACAAUUAACAAGA